AACCGCCGGGUGCAGACACUUGCAGAGUCACCCUGCGGUCGGGUCUGGAGCAGGGUGCGACAGGGACCUAACCAGACUCCAUCAUCCUAGCCAUUGCUCCUCCACCUGCUCCACAGAGAAGGGAAGAUGAGCGAGUCAAGCUCAAAGUCCAGCCAGCCCUUGGCCUCCAAGCAGGAAAAGGACGGCACAGAGAAGCGAGGGCGGGGCAGGCCGCGCAAGCAGCCUCCGGUGAGUCCCGGGACAGCGCUGGUAGGGAGUCAGAAGGAGCCCAGUGAAGUGCCAACACUGAAGAGACCUCGGGGCCGACCAAAGGGGAGCAAAAACAAGGGCGCUGCCAAGACUCGGAAAACCACCACAACUCCAGAGAGGAAACCGAGGGGCAGACCCAAAAAACUGGUAGAAGGAGGAAGAAGAGGGCAUCUCGCAGGAGUCCUCAGAGGAGGAUCAGUGACCACUUGUGCCGCCUGCACCCUCAUCAAGGAGCAGUUUCCUUCUGGGACUGGACAGCUCCGCUCCCACUGCCCCCACCCCUUCCCUCAGGCCCACUCGUCACCACCACCCACCUGUGCCCUCACCUCCACACUACACAGCACACCAGCUGCUGCAGGGCCCUCGGGCCCAGUGGGGAGCAGUUUCUCUUUGGUCCAUUUCCAGCGAUGCCUCCUCCAUGUGCACACACUUGCCCUCCAGGUUAAAGCUGACCUCCUGGCAAGUCGCCCUCUGCACCUAUUGCCACCCCAUUCCCUUAGUGGUGGGGACAUUGCUGACUGGGCUCUUGGUUUGAGGGUCUCUUCUCCCCCCCUUCUUCCCCCUGGCUUCCCAUUAAGGGGCCUGGGAGGGCCCCCUGGCCUUAAAAGGGGUCCAAGCCCCAUCUUGUCCUGAUAUGCCUCCCCCAACCCCACUGGCAGCAGGUGCGGCCAAUGGAGAGGGGUGUUUAGCCCCAGUAUGCUCCCAACUAGCCCAUCUCUCGCCAGGUGUGGCUCACACCCACUUUCCUUCCUUCCCCACCUUGCCUAAUACCCACACUAGUUUGGCACCCCUCUGGAGCAAAGAAAGGAAGGCAGGAGGUGUUUGAGCCCCCUACCGCUCUAAAUGGGCUCCAGCCCACCUUUCCCUCAGCCUGGAAAUCUAUUGCAAUGAUGGAAAUGCAGUAUCCUUUUAUCCAGGUGAGGCCAGGAGGCCCAGGUUCUUUGUGGUAGCCACCCAAGGUGGGCUGGCGCCACUCCUCAACCCUAUCUGCUUCCUCUAGGCCUGUUUCUCCUUUCCUCACAUGGGGCACAAGCAACAAGGAGCUAGCCUUGCCCACUCCCAACCUUCUGCUCCUCCCCACCCCCCAAGGUUCUGGUUCCAUCUUUCCUCUGUUCACAAACUACCUCUGGACAGUUGUGUUGUUUUUGUUCAAUGUUUCCAUUCUUAGACAUCAGUCAUUGCUGCUGCUAACCAGCGCCAAACGUUCAUCCUCAUUGCCUCCUGUUCUGCCCAUUCCUCCUCCUCCAAGAUGCUCUUAGGGGAAGGGGCCUGGGGCAAAGCAGGCUGGGUUACCGACUACCCCAGUCCAGGGAAGGUGGGGCCCUGCCCCUAGGAUGCUGCAGCAGAGUGGGGGGGGGCCUAUGUUGACCGUCUAGGGUGUAGGGGUCACCUCCCCCAUUCUGCCGGGGAGGAGGUUGCCAUUAUUUGUCCCAGCCUGGGGCCCCCCUGUCUGGUUUCCUUUUGCAGUUACUUGAAUAAAAAAAGUAUCCUUUUCUGGA